AUGGCGACACAUGGCCAUUCGGUAACAGAGUGGAAUGACGGCUGCAUCGACAGACCCACUACCCCCGCCCGUCAAUCCGACGCGCUCUCACAUACUACAUCAUCCGAGUAUCUUACACCAAGUGCAUUUCGUUCUGACACCAAGAAUCAUACAACGGGCUUGGGAAGUCGUGCCGCAAGCGCAGUCAGCCUGCCCCAUAGGCCCGUCCCCCAACGGACGUCGUCGGCCAGCAUUCUGUCGCGGAGUCUGGGUGGUCCUGUUCAAGCGUCGAUGCACGAAUUUCCCACCUGGAAAGUCUCCGAGCUGGACGGUACAGAGACACUGGUCCGCGACAAAGUUCGAGCCGAGUCUCCGGUUCGACGAUCAAUAGGUCGUGCGGCUCAGUCAUCUGAAGCCCUCCGCCCUGCCCUUGCACGCACCUUCAUUCGCACCUCGCCGCCUCAUGAAGUCCUAGACCAUGGCAGCAGUCGUCACCCUCGAGUGGAGCUUUCGGUCAGCCUUCCCUCACCACUUUUUGUGGGAGGUGGUACUGUGGAAGGACAACUCACCAUCCAAGUGGAUGGCGGAGUAGUAAGAAAGCCAAAGACGAAGCCGAUCUACAUAUCCAAAGCUUGCAUCGAUGUGAUUGGUGUGGAAGAAAUCAACGACGGCCGACGCUGGGUAUUUCUGUCGCUUGCAACGGACUUGUUUGAUAGAGAGAAUCCUCCUCCACCCUCCCUGGUCACGUCGCAGGACCCGGAACCUGGCGCAGAUCUGUGGUGGGAGAUGAGGUCCGCGACGUCGGUUGUUCCGUUCUGCGUUAACCUGCCUCUGAGGCUAGGUCCUCCUCCGUACUUUUCCAGACAAGCUUCUAUUCGGUACCUGCUGUGUCCUUCAAUCGUGGUCAAGACCGGAGACAAAAGAACUAUGCUCACCGUUCACGACCCAGAGAAAGCACUGGCCAGUCUAGCGAGUCCCCUCCUGGCCGCGGAUACACUGUACCUGGCGAGAGAGCCUGAUAUUCAAACAGUGAAGCUGACCGCUGGCCUCCAUCGCCAGACCUGGGUCAACGGGUCGUUGAUCUUUAUCGAUGUCCACAUUGCAAACAACACGGCAAAGUCGGUCAAGAAAAUCGAGGUUCAGCUGGAGAAGACGACGCUCUGGUACACACACGCUCCAGCUGGCACUGCAGAGAAGAGCGCAAACUAUCUCCGUCUGCCCAAACGAACAGACGCCGAGGUGGUGAGCGGAACCACACUGAAGAAAUCAAGCACUUGGAAGGGAGUGCCGUCUCAUUCUUCAGAUGUUCGCACAGUUGAGCUGGAAGCACCUCGCGGACACGUUACCAUCAGCACCGGGAGGUAUUUCGAAGUUCGAUAUUUUGUCAACGUCGUUGUGACGGUAAAAAUGUUCAAGACAGUGGCGGUCCAGCUCCCUGUAACCAUCAUUCCGAUCAACUCAUUGGAUAUCCUACCAAACUCGCUCGCUCAGGUGGCCGCUUCCAUCGAAGCCAAGAGGUCCAAAACAGUACCAGCACCGCCUUCUGGUCCUAGUCAUUCAGCCCAUUACCCAGGGCAAGCAUUUACAGCUCCCCUCCAACGGUCCGCCGAGCGUAUGAGACAGGAGAGGCUAAUGGCCCAGGAUGACUUAGACAGCCUAGCAAAUGACAUUGACAGGUCUCCUCGACGGUUAGCGCAUGUCCACACGCAUUGCAGGGGAGGUCUCUUCGGUACGACUACAGACGAGAAUGUCGCUCCCGGACGCCCAAGUAUGGCGUCAUCGUCACACCACCAUCUUCAGAGGCAUCCGAGCUGUUACCACUGCCACAUCAUGCCUGAUAACUGUUCUCCUCCAAAGCCAUCGGGUCCCCGCUUGCCUCGGCUCCAGGUUUCGACAUCUGGAUUAGGAUUUUCAGAAUCCGAGUUCGAGAUACCUCCUGAUUCGCCACCUCGAAAGGUCAUGUUAAGUGAGCAUGAACGAAACAUGAUCAAUCGGCAGAGAGAGCUCCAAAAUCGACAACAACGGAGCCAGUGGCCCCAGAAGAGACCGAGUGGGGAGAACAAACGAGGCGACGGCCUACGCAUGUCAAAAGAUCAGCCUAGCUACACCAACGUUGUGGCGGAUCCAACUGCUGGUCCAAAGCAAGACGCUUUUGGAAAUCUCAGUCCCGGCAUCGGGAAGAGGGGCAAUGUCUCGGCAUUUCCGAGACCAAUGCUCUCCAAGGAAUCUGCUAUCACCAGAUCAAGGUCCAAGACGAACCCUGAGGGACCGAGGUAUCGGCGUAGCAUCAGCAAGCCUCGACGAAGAUCGAGCGCAGAUAGGCACGACCAUGUUCGAGCGACGGUUGACGGAGCAGCCUUUCCGGCUGUGCCUCGCAGAUUUAGCAAGGACUUGGUGCAAAGAGGAAGCUUGGAUCGAUUGUUGUAA